AUGGCUUCAGCCGACAAGGAGCUCGAGCAACAGCUCGAGGAUGCGGGGAACAAGCUGCUCAACCCUCCUUCUUCCGUUGACGAGCUUCUUCCCCUUCUCGACCAAGUCGAGAGUUAUCUUGUAAAGGUGGAGCAAUCACCUACGAAAUCAAUGCAAAGUGCACUGGUUCCAUCACAAACUGCGUUGAUCACAGACCAGCUCUUUAGGCAUUCAGAUGUGGAUGUUAAAGUUGCUGUGGCUUCUUGCAUCAGUGAAAUAACAAGAAUAACAGCACCAGAAGCUCCUUAUGAUGAUGACCAGAUGAAGGAUGUCUUUCAGCUGAUAGUAUCUUCAUUUGAAGACCUGGAUGACAAGAGUAGCCGAUCAUAUGUCAAGAGAACAUCGAUACUUGAAACUGUUGCUAAGGUCCGGUCGUGUGUGGUGAUGUUGGAUCUUGACUUGGAUGCACUGAUAUUAGACAUGUUCCAGAAGUUCCUCAAGUCUGUAAGGGAUCACCAUCCUGAAAAUGUUAUUUCUUCCAUGGAGACCAUUAUGCAACUCGUCUUAGAAGAGAGUGAAGAUUGCCCCCCGAAACUGUUUUUGCCCCUUUUAGCUAGCGUCAAAAAGGGAAACGAGGAAGUCCUGCCCGUUGCUCGCAAGCUGGUAGAGAGUGUUCUUGCAAAAUGUACUACACAGGUCAAGCAGGGCUUGUCAGCUGCUGUGAAAGCUUUACAGACUUCUUUGGAUGACUACAGUGAUGUUGUUGUUUCGAUAUGCCAAGAUGUUCGUCUCGACGAUAGUGAACCAGCAGAUAAUAAUAAAGUAGAAGGAAGCAAGUCAGAUGGGGCGUUGGUCGAUGAGGCUGCCGAAGCAAAUAAAGAUUUGACAGCAGGAGUUGGUCCUUCUGAAGUACCCGCUUCAGCAGGCAAGAAGUCCUCAAAGUCAGUUGUAAGCAAUGGCGUGGCAAAGACAAGGGUAGCUGAGUCCUUGGCUGAAUCAGAUUCCUUGAAAGCCCCUGAGGAGGAUAAAGCCACUGAGGAUACAAAAAGCGAAAAUGUUGAGGUUAAUGAUUCUGUGACCGAGAAGGUUGCUAAAAAAGAAAGCAGGCCAGAGCAGAGUAACAGAAAGAGGGCGAGAAAAGCUAACUCAUCUGCAAAGUUGAUCGGCCGUUCUGAGGGUAAACAUUCUGCUGAUGAUAAAGAAGUUGAGAAGCUUCCUGAAGGCAAAAGUCACGGCAUAGAUGCUCCAAAUUCACCUCAUGCAGAUCAAUCUGUGUCAGGCGAUGCUGCUGGGGCUUCUGAAAGUAAGCUAAAAAAUGAUAUGCAGCCUUUGUCCCCUAAAGCUGUGGAUGGCGAGUCCUUGGCUGCUUCUCCAUCGGCGAGUGAAAGCCCUGUUGAUGAAACUCUUGCAAAAAAGGUUGCUCGUUUGAAGAAGAAAGAGGGUUCAGUAAAGGAGCUGGUGCAAUCUACUGAUGAUGUCCAAAAAAGGGCAUCAGAAGGGACAAGCGACUCAGAAGUGAAGACCACCAAACGCUCUGGUAGAAAGGCACCUUCUGGAACCUCAAACAAUGAAAAAUCGGUAAAGAGAACUGAGACAUCCAAGAAAGAAAGUGGUGGAAGUGAGUUAGACGCCAAACUACUGAAGCAGUCAUCUAAGGCAGAUGAAGGAAGUAAGACUGCAGAAGGAUCUUCGUUAAAGCAGUCUGAAGAUAAGAACCGACGCAUGCGCGGAAAAGCUGUCUCGGGGAAAAAUGUUGCGAAAACUUUACCCAAAGAUGAUGACAAUGAAAAUAUUUCAUCCCUGAAGUCUGCAAGAAAACAAGGGAAAGAAGAACAUCCAAUUGAAGAGACUCCCAAGACAAGUAGCAAAAGGAAACGUGAUGUAGGGAAGUCCUCAGAAAAAGAAGUGGCAUCUGAUGCUAAAGGUUAUGGAGACGAAAUCGUCGGUUCAAGGGUACAAGUAUACUGGCCACAAGACCGUAAGUUUUAUAUGGGCACUGUUCAAUCGUACGAUGCUACCAAAAAGAAACAUGUGGUUGUUUAUGAUGAUGGCGAUGAAGAAAUUUUAAAUAUGAAAAGACAGAAGUUUAAGUUCAUUAACAGUGAAUCUGGUGCAUCUGAUUUGGAGGAUGAGGGAGAAGCAGCCAAACCUUCAAGUCCCGAUGCUUCAUCUGAGAUACCGGUAAAGAAGAAGGCAAAGACUGAGCAGUCGGCUAAAAAGGAACAGAUGGAUGCUUCCCCUAAAAGGGGUGGCGGGGCUUCUAGCAAAUCCAAGAGUGUAGCAGCUGGUGGGAAACCAGGUCGGAAACCGAAGGAAGUCAAUGAAACUGAUGCGGAAGAUUCCAAGGCUUCCAAGAAAACAGAGGACGUUAGCGGUGCCAAAACCAAGGAGCCUACCCUUAAGAGUGGAGGUAAAUCAGGUGAUGUUCCAUCUUCCAAAACUCCAGGGAAAUCCAAGACCACCGACGACUCUGUUGCGGCUUCUAAAGCCACUGCUAGUACAAAGUCGAAAGACGAUGGUGGCGCUAGCUCUUCAGCCAAGUUGCCGAAAUCCAAACAAUCAACCAAGAAGACUCCCGGCGGGAGAUCAUCCUCCAAGGCUGAGAGCCCGAAGAUAGCUUCCUCCAUUGCCAAGGGUAAAGGCAUCAAGGGUGGCGCGAAGUCCAAAGCUAAUGGUACAGGGAAGCCCAAAACUGGUUCGGCCAAGGCAAAAGACACUGAGGUGGAAGACAGCUCUGGUGACGAGUCGAUGAAAGGAGAGGAGGAGACUAUCGAGGAUAAACCGUUAUCAAAGGGACAGGCCAGUGAGGCAAAGAGCGGGAAGAAGCGGCCAAGGGGAGGCUAA